AUAAUUAAAACUAUAAAUUUUAGUUUUCAAAGUAUAAUUAAUUGUUUACUUUUUAAUUGAACUCAGUUUGCAUAAAUAUUGGAUAUACUCUGGAUAUUUUCAAUUUAAAAAAUCCAAAAGUGAAAAUUUCGCGCCACGUGCGUUGAUUGAUCACGUGGUACGCCAUCUUAUCGACCGAACAGUCAGCACAAGCUGUCAUUGGAUUUUCCAAGAUCACGUGACCUAUUAACUGACGUUCGUCCCCACCAGUCGUGUUCAUCGCGUACUAUCUGGUGCAAUCUAGUGUACGAGGAAUGAGGAUCGUCGGUGUGUACAGAUAUAAUACCGAGUGAAUAUAUAUGUAUAAUUGUGAGCGGGUGCUGUACUGGCUCCGGGACUGGGGAAAGUUACAGUAACAAACAAGCACGAGCAGGCAAAAGCUAUUACAGCCUGGCCAAGACCCUUGAGGUCUUAUGGAUUAAGAGAACAAAGGAUUUACAACGCCAAGUUUUUGUUAACGUUUAUCGGAGUAAUUAUUUGAUCAUAAUUGUCACCUGCCACAAUUGUGACCGUCUCAUUGUAAUUUUCAUUAUUUAUAUAUUUAUUUGAUUUAAUAAUAAUUAAAAUAUAAGUUCAAGUAGAACUAUUUAAUCAAUUGAACAUAAACACAAUAAUCAUUUGUUUCAUUUUAAUAUCAGUGAUAUCAGUUAUAUAAAUAUAUAUAGUUACACUUGUGAUUUAAAUUUGACAGUUUUUUUUUUUUUUUUUCGCUAAAUCUAUAUAUUUACAUAUUGUGUAUUUCUCGGAAAUGUAUGACGACAAAUCAAUACAUACAUCAGCUUUGCUUAAGUGAAACAACGUUGAAGUGGACUUUGAAUCGAGUUUAUAAUAAAUAUUAUUGUUUUACGAAAUACACAUAAGAUUAAUUGUUUUUAUAAAAUUUAUUUUUAAUAAUUGAAUGUCUUAUAAUAAGUAUCAUUGUGAUGAUUAGAUAAAUGAGACAUGAGUUAUUUUUUUUUUUAAUUAUUGUCCGAUAUUUAAUUGUUGUAAACAGAACAAAGAUUUAAAUAAUAGAUUGAUAAUUAACAACGAUUGGUUAAAUAGACGAGGCAUAUAAAAUGUACAGCAUGAACUACAUUGGCAAGUUCAUUAGCAACUUCCGUGAUUUUUACAAUGAAAUUAAUGCGGCUACUCUUACUGGAGCUAUUGAUGUCAUUGUCGUUGAGCAAGAUGAUGGAUCAUUCACUUGCUCGCCUUUUCAUGUCAGAUUCGGCAAACUUGGAGUUUUGAGAUCGCGAGAGAAAGUGGUGGAUAUCGAAAUAAAUGGAGAGCCAAGACAAAUUCAGAUGAAACUAGGUGACUCUGGAGAAGCUUUUUUCGUCGAAGAAGUAAGCUCACAUGGUCUUGAAAAUGGCACUGAAAUACCACCACACCUUGCUUGUUCACCUAUACCAGAUGACAAUUGCUUUCCACCUCCUAGAUUUCAUUUAUUAUCUGAUUUACCUCAAGAGCAGCAUGAAAAGAUACUACGCGAUUCAGUGCUGUCGAUAGAACGUGAAAAGUUGGAGCAGAUGUCUUCGUUGCCAGUAGAUCAACGUGAAAAAUUUUUAAUCGAACAAUUUUCGGAUUUACCUGCUGAACAUCGAGAAAAAUGGCUGCAAAUAGCUUCGAUGACAUACGAAGAGCGCAGUAAAAUAUUUGAAGAAAGUUUGAGUGCAAUGUCAACUCGACAAAAACAGCAAAUGAUACGUGAUGAAUAUUCGGCGUUGAAGAUAGAAGAUAGAGAACGGUUGUUUAAAGAAAAUUUUCCGGAACUGCCAGCUGAGCAGAGACCAAAGUUUGAGAAAGCAUUGUUGAAUGAUUGGAAAAGCAAAGAGGAUGACUAUGAAGAUGAAGAAAAAUGGAAAGGUCACAAUAAACUUUCGCUGCAAGCUGAGGAAGAAAUUUUUGAUAUGGAUAACAUCAAUGAAGAUGAAACUAAACCUGUGUCAACACCAAAAUCUUUCGUCGCUGUUACUUCAACGGAGAGAAUAAGAAAAAUAAGCGUUGUUAAUAAUGAUUUUAGACCUAUUACCGAUGAUCCGUCAAGUGAUGCUAGAGAAAAAACUUCACGUGAUGAAUCUAGUAUUGUGGAAAAAAAAUCUCAUGUUGAAGGAAUCACAGAUGAAGUUAAAGUUCAGACUUCAUCGUCAUCUAAACGUAAAAGGAGAAAGAAGAGUCUUAUGAAGAAAAAAGGAGCUCAAAGAAAAGCAAGCAAUGGAAGUAGCAGUCAAACAGAAGUCAGUGAGACUGAGACAACUCCACCAACUGAAGAAUCACAUAAUGAACCAGUAUUAAAGAACUCCAGUCCAAUCAUUGAAAGUGAAACCAAAACUACUGAAGAGUUACCACCACCAUCGGAUUAUCAUUUCUUCAGUGACACUGAAAUUACUAAGAACCGGGAUUCCAGGCCUUGCUCACCCGUACAAUCUGACACGGAAUUUGAGAUGCGUAAAAUUGAACAGCAACGUGAAGAAGGUAAAGAACACGAAGAUGACAAAAGCCAUCAGCAGAGUUGGAGAUGGGGUGAAUUACCAAGUCCACCAAUUGAUACGCCUCAUGCUCUUAACUCUGUUACAACUGUUAUUCAACCAAAUGACGCAGAGGCACAACGUUCUAUGCUCAGUGGUAUGUUCUCCUUCAUGAAGAAGACAUCGCGCGUAAGACACAAUCCAGAAUCAGAGGGCAUUUACCUGAGUGAUUUGAAUGCAGAUGAAUUGGAUCCUGAAGUAGCUGCCCUUUAUUUUCCCUCUUCCCAUCGCGGAACUACCGUGGCGAAAGGAGAUAAACAAGCUGACGAAGAAGAUACUGAAUCUGGUAAUGGCCCAAGCUUACCACAGAGUCCUAACAGCGUAGAGGGUGCUAUUGGAGGUCCAAAAUCACUGGAUAGUGAUUUUGAAGAAUCUAAACAAUCAUUGUUUGAGAAUAAUAUUGAUAUAAGUUUAUCAUUAUGUGGUGGCUUGGACACUGAUGACGGUCCGAGUGAUGAAUUAUUUCAACAAAAUUUACUUCAAUACGACGAUCUUUGUAAUGAUACUAAAUUAUACGAAAAUCCAAAUUUAGUAAUUAAAAUAAAUGGUAAAUAUUAUAAUUGGACAACAGCUUGUCCAAUUAUUAUUUCACUGGCUGCUUUUCAACGUGGCUUACCACAACAUACCAUUGAAAAUUUAUACGCGCAAUAUGGCUCACUGCCGAUGCACCAAGACAAUAAGAAAGAAACUGUCAGUAAAACAAACGAAACAAGAACCGGUUAUAGUUCAUGGUUCUCGUGGAGGCGUUCAUCGACACAGCCGCCUAAAAAACUUUCCGAAACCGUUGACCAAGACGGACAGUCAAUCCCGAUAGAAAACAGUCAACCUACUGAAUUAUUAGAGCCUGCAAUUGAUGUCGAAGAAAUUGACUCGCCAUCUAAAACUCUAGAAAAAGAAGAAGAAGAAGAAGAACAGGUGAUUGCAGAAUUAAAUGAUGUAGAGAAUGAUUCAUUGGGCAAGCCCGAAGAAAAUAAUAUGGUUCAGUCAUCAGUUGAACGAGCUAAUGAAAAACCGGAAGGCGAAGGGUACAGCGGAAGUGAAGACUCAGAUAGCAAUCCAAACGAGACUCAAGGAGUUAGAAUACCAGAACGACGAAGACCGUACUAUGAAUCUGGUGAAAAGUAUCGCAAAACAUUGAGACUUACGUCUGAACAAAUAGAAAGCUUAAAUCUUAAAGAAGGAUCUAAUGAAGUUGUAUUUAGUGUUACUACGGCUUAUCAAGGUACAUCACGUUGUAAGUGUCACAUUUAUCGAUGGAAAUGGAAUGAUAAAAUAGUAAUAUCUGACAUCGAUGGAACUAUUACGAAGUCUGAUGUAUUAGGACACAUUCUGCCAAUUGUAGGAAAAGACUGGGCCCAAUCGGGUGUUGCUCAACUUUUUACUAAGAUUAAAAAUAAUGGUUAUAAGUUAUUGUAUUUAUCAGCGCGUGCUAUUGGCCAAGCACGUGGUACAAGACAGUAUUUGAAAAGUAUAAAACAGGAUGAUCUUUCACUUCCCGAAGGACCUCUACUUUUGAAUCCCACCAGUCUUUUGUCUGCAUUCCAUCGGGAAGUUAUUGAGAAAAAACCUGAGCAGUUUAAAAUAUCUUGUCUCAGUGAUAUUCAGGCGCUAUUUCCUGAAGGUUCUAAUCCGUUUUACGCUGGAUAUGGCAAUCGAAUAAAUGAUGUGUGGGCUUAUAGAGCUGUUGGUAUUCCAAUUACACGAAUUUUUACAAUUAAUCAUCGUGGAGAGUUGAAACAUGAGUUGACUCAGACAUUCCAGUCAUCAUACUCAAAUAUGAGUUACAUUGUGGAUCAUUUAUUCCCAGCAUUGAGAGAAGAUGCUUCUGAUGAAUUCAGUCAUUUUUCAUAUUGGCGAGAUCCAAUUCCAGAAUUGCCAAAUCUCAAUGAAUUACUUAUUGAAAAUCAACCUUCUCAAUAAGGAUAAAUAUUUUAUAUUUACUGCAUUACUAUUUAUUUUGCAUACACUAAAUAACUAUUCAUAUAAAAGGAAAUGAAAAGAAAACUAAAGCCUUGAUCGCUAACUUUUUUACUACAUAGUCGCAACGACGAUAAAAUGCAUAAAUAACUAAAGAAAAUUGAAAAAAAAAAAAAAAAAAAAAAAAUACAUUCUCACCAGUACUUAUUUAUCGCUUUCCUGUUAAUUAUAUUAUUAUAUACUAAUAAACAGGAUAUAAAUGCAAGCUUUGACAAAAAAAGUAUGACUAGAUAUUUUCAAUGAAUAUAUAGCAUUCCAAUUACUAAUGAUACGUAAAUUAUUUUAUUAUACGUCAAUAUUUAUGAUUGGGAGUAUUUUGAAUUACAAAUUUGUAUGUACUAAAAUGAUGAUACGAAUACAUAACUGAAAAAAUAUCUAUAUAAUUAUUUAUAGGCCUAUGCCUACAAAUGGAGUUGUUUUAACUAACAUAAAUGAUAAAAACAAUAACAAUAUAUAAUUUGAAGAAAAUAGUUUCAGGGAAUUUUCUAGUCUUGAAUGUAAAACUAAUUGAUAAGCUUAGAAUUCAUUUAAUCAUUGUAUAAUUAUGUAUAACAUACAGUGAAAAUUUACUCACGGUAUCAUUCUUUAUGACUAGCAAAUAAUAGAUGAUUUUUUUUAUUUUUUCGUAUCAUUCAAAAUAUAAUAGUUAUUUUUCAAUUUAGUUGGUGUGAUUCAGUAGGUAUUGAAAUUAGAGACAAAAAAAGUAAACUGCAAAUCUAAUUUUUCCAUGUGAUAUUUCAAAGUGAAUUGUAAAAGUUAAGAGUUUUCUUUAUUUCCAUGUAGAAUGUGAAGCAGAAGAAAAUUAUAUUUAAAUUAUUUAGAUAGAUUGAUAACAAAAAACGAUAACAAAAAAGAAAAUAUUUUUUUAUUUCACAAUUUUGCAAUUGUAUUUUUCAUUGAUAAUUAUUAAGAAUACAAUUACAAAAAGUCUGAAUAGUAUGUUUUAUAAUACAUAUUUAUUUAUAUUUGUAUUAUGUAUCGUUUGUUUUUUUCUUUUUGUCGAUAAAGUUUUCCAUGCAAUGAACAAAUAUCGAAAAUAAUCAAGUUGCAGAGCGAUUUAAAAAAACCAAAGACUUGAUAAAAAAAAUGAAAAAAAAUGA